GUUUUAAUAAUUGUUUAAUUCAGUAACCAUUUAAGUCCACAAAAUACAAUGUCGUCACCUUAUCCAACACUUUCAACGCGUCCCACUUCUCGGUACUGCGUAAUAAGCGCAAUGAUGUCGACAAUCCAGAAAGCUGAGAAUACUUUGGUGUCAAGUCCAACCCGAGACCAGCGGUCCCUGAGAAAAGAGCGGCUUCAGGACUGGCUGCGGGACGAUGGCCUCGCCGUGCAAGGCAGACUCUUUGUGGGCAGCAGCAGGGCGCAGCAACGCACAGCCACAUCCGCAAAGCCCACUAGAAUGGGGAGGAAUUGGGAUGGGAGAAACGACUGGUAAAAAUGGUUAGAGAGUGUG